AAGGUGUUCAUGGAACGAAAUUCUCGAAAGUACACGUUUCAUUCAUUCGUAUUUCGUCACGUAAUUCGUCAGUAACGAAAUCGGACGUAAAAGCCCUAAAUUCUCGUGUGAGUAGAGAACUGAAGAGAAAUCGUACUUCAUUUUUAAUUAUAUUGCUACUUUUUUUUAAAUCGAAAUGGCUCCACCUCCAUAUUCUGAUCUCGGCAAAAGGGCUAGAGAUGUAUUCGGCAACGGUUACCACUUCGGCUUGAUUAAAUUAAAUUGUAAAACACAAACAGCUAGUGGUGUACAAUUCAGCACCGGUGGAACGUCUGACCAAGAAUCGGGCAAAGUUUCUGGUUCUUUGGAAAGUAAAUACAAUGUCAAAGAUUACGGUCUCACAUUUACCGAAAAAUGGAAUACCAACAAUACUUUGGGAACUGAGAUCGCCGUAGCCGAUCAAGGUAUUCAAGGCCUUAAAUUGUCUGCUAAUGUUGAUUUCUCUCCGCAAGAAGGAUACCAAGCUGGGCUCAUAAAGACUGCGUUCACCAAUGAAAGAGUCGCUCUCAAUGCUGAUUUUGAUCUAAAUUCGAAUGGUCCUAUUGUCAAAGGAUCUGCUGUUGUGGCCUAUCAAGGCUGGCUGGCCGGUUACCAAGCAGCCUUUGAUGUUCAGAAUUCCAAAUUGGCCAAGAGCAAUUUUGCUUUAGGAUUCUCAACUUCAGAUUUUGUUCUUCAUACAUGUGUUGAACAUGACAGUGACGACGGUCAAACAUUUGGAGGUUCCAUUUACCAAAAAAUCAAUCCAAAAUUGGAAACUGCAGUUAAUUUAAAUUGGGCUGCCAGUGGAGAAAAAACCGACUUUGGAUUGGGAUGUAGAUACGAGUUGGACAGCGAUGCUUCAGUUCGCGCCAAAAUCAAUAAUGCCAGCCAGAUCGGCUUAGGUUAUCAACAAAAACUGCGUGACGGAGUCACCCUCACUUUGUCUACACUCAUCGAUGGAAAGAACUUUAACCAAGGAGGUCACAAAAUUGGAUUGGCCUUGGACUUGGAGGCUUAAAUGUAUUAAAUCCUGUUCCAUAAUACAUAUUAGCGCCCAAUAAAUAUAUUUAAGAAUGCUAUAUUGUAGAUAAUAAUUAUUUAAACGAGACUAGUGUUGUAUUCUGUACUCUCGUUGAUUUUUAUCAGUUUCAUCCAACUCACACACUUUUUUACAUAUACCUACAUCGGAAACAAUUUGGAACAAUUUAUGUCGAUAUAGAAAAAAUACAUUGUUUUUAUUAUUAAACUCAACAAAAAAAAAAUAACAUUGUGGAUAGUGUAGUCUUUAAUGUUCUUGUAUAUCGAGUAAAAAUUUUUCUUUUCUUUUUAUCCUGAUAUAUACAUAACAUUUUAGAUUAUUCUAGUUGAUAAAUUUUCACGGGUGUAAAUUACAUUAUGGAACAUACCUUUUAUCAUUUUUUAAUGACUCACAAUAAAAUAUGUCUAUUUAAUAAUAAAAACAAAUUUUUAUUUUUUUUGCUCCUGGUGCGCGUCAUUGUUGGUCCGUGGGAGUAGUUUUGGCAAAUUUACUAUAUGUCACCUCAUUGGCUGUUUUCAUUUUGUGAGAGUUUUGUUUCAAAUUGAAUGUACCAGAAAAUACGAAUUGUAAUACUGAAUUAUUACACCUUCAAUAUAUACUUUUAAACCAC